AAACUUCACACACAAACACACCCCCCCCCCCCAAAAAAAAAAAUCCACCUUUCCGAAAAUCCCAUCUAAUUCUCUCUCUCUCUGCCUUCAGCGAUGAGACUUCGGCCUCGACUUCCUCUUGGAAUUUAACAUUGGUUACCUGCCGAAGUCCUUCUCGACUAAUUACAGGAGUUCCAUGGCUUAGUUGCAUUUGUUCUUCAAAAUUCGCCGGGAACCAUAGGCUGUAUCAAAAGAUCUUCGGUGUGAGUAUUCGACGACUGUUUAAUUUUUCUCAGAAAUCAAUAAUUUUUUUAAUCGAGACUGCUGCAUCGUCCUCUAUCGGAGAUCAACAAGUUGGAAAUUACAGGAGGAUUUCGGUCGGGUUUGGUGUUCCGUCCGUUCGCUGAAUUGCCGUUUUCGUGUUUCUGAUUUAUCUUUUGGUGGGAUCAUUUGGGUUUUCUCGUCGUUGCUGAUCGAAUUGAUGCGUUUAUGGCGUAAAGGUGUAGAAUUUUGGUUCUUCGAACUCUGUUUCGCUUUACGACAUCAGGGUUUACCGUUAGAUUAGUCUGUUCUUCUGUUGAUUUGAUUUCUUCGCUAUCCAGGAUUUUGAAGAUGGUCUCAGAAAGUCCGUCAAAUAUGCUGUCGGAUCUAGGCACGCACCCGACCCUAAGUUACGGCCUUGGAGGAUUAAACGGGAAUUUAGAAGAUAGUUUGGAGAAUGAGAUUGAGUUAUUGCUGCGAGAGCGGCGUUGUAAAGACACAAUCGAUGGUGAGAGGGAUCUCAAUAUCUACCGAAGCGGCAGCGCUCCUCCGACGGUGGAGGGAUCCUUGAGUGCUGUGGGCGGUCUGUUUAGGAAUAAGGGCACUGAUCUUUCUGGGAUUUGUCAGAACGGUAAUACCGAUGGAAUUAUGUCAGAUGAAGAAAUUCGCUCGCAUCCUACCUAUCUGUCGUAUUACUAUUCCCGUGAAAAUAUCAAUCCCAGGCUUCCUCCUCCUUUGCUGUCAAAGGAGGAUUGGCGUGUUGCACAGAGAUUCCAGACUGGAACAUCGUCAGUUGGGGGAAUUGGAGACCGGUGGAAGAAGGAUUUGGUGAAUGAGGGUGAAAGUAAGUCGCUCUUCUCACUGCAGCCUGGUAUUUUGGCACAGAGGGGCGAAGGAGAUUUGAUGGAACCGAGGACGGUCACACCAAGGAACCUUACCAGGCAACCUUCUGCAGAAUGGUUCGAGAGAGGGACUGAUGGUCUUAUUGGAUUGGCUGGUGUGGGGUUGGGCGCGAGGAGGAAGAGCCUGGCCGACAUGCUACAGGAAGGACUUGUUCAGCCUGCUCCAGCAUUAGGUAAUAUUUCACGCCCAGUGAGCCGUAGUGCUUUUGAUGAUGUUGCAGAGCCGAUGGGCAUAUCUGACCCCCAAUUGACACAGUUAAGUAAUGGACUGGAAUCUUUAGAGGGCUUACGUUCUGGAACAACUUCCCCUGGCCUGGUUCGAGUUCAGAGUUUUGGUUCAUCUGUUUCUCAAUCUUUUGCAUCUUCUAUGGGUUCAUCGCUGUCGAGAAAUGCAACUCCUGAACCCCAGUUGGUUGGGAGAUCUCCGGCUCCUGGUCUUCCUCCAAUGAGGAGCAGAGUUUUUGGUACUGAAAAUAAAGUUGCAGCUUCAAAUGCCUUUAAUGGUAUUUCUUCUAGCAUGGGUGACACUGCUGACAUUGCUGCUACUUUAUCUGGAUUAAGCCUGUCCAAAAAUAAACUUGUUGAUAAAGUUAGUCGUGUACAAUGUCAACUUAAAGAAGAAUUUAAUAAUCAUAAUUUUCCUUUUGAUAUGCCAAAUGGUCAUACCCAGGGUUUGCAGCAUCAACUUAUUGGCAAGACUGAAGCUGAGACACUAACCAUACCCACUAUCUAUAAAGAUUGGGCAAAGAAGAAUACAACUGUAACAGACCUUAAUUUUUCUAGUACAAAUUUGGAUGGGCAAGUGAACUUCCCUGGAGUAGAAUCAUCUGCUGCCAGUCUGUAUUCAAAAGUACCUUUUGCGGGUGGUUCUGCUGGUUUGGAAGGAUCCAGUGUCCAUUAUCAGAAUACAGAUUUGCCAAGUACUGACUUUGCUGGCUAUGUACCUCGUGUGCAUUCAAUCAAUCAGAGGCUGAAUUUAGUGGUGAAUGAUCACAUUGAAGCAGGUGCGGUUUUGGCAGGGGGUGUAGAAGGUCAAAGUCUUGGUCGAAGUGGAAAUCAAGGGUCUGGCCUUCAAGUGCCUGUUAUGGACCCACUAUGUUUACAAUACCUGCAAAGAACUUCUGAUUAUGCGGUACAGGCUGCAGCUAGCCUCAGGGAUCCUUCUUUGGGGAGAAAUUACCUUGGCACUUCACAUGCGGACUUUGUUGGGUUUCAGAAAGCAUACCUUGAGACAUUGCUUGCACAACAGAAACAACAGUAUGGCAUGUCAUUUCCAGAUAAAUCAGGUUCUUUAAAUCAUGGUUAUUAUGGGAAUCCUACAUUCGGUCUUGGCAUGCCAUAUCCAGGAAACCCUAUGGGAAGUCCUGUACUUUCUUCAGCAGGAGCUGGAAGUCCUAUUAGGCAGAACGAGCGAAUCUCACAUAUCCCAUCAUUGAUAAGGAGUUCAAUGGGAGGGUCUAUGGGAUCGUGGCACUUGGAUAAUGGCAAUAAUAUGGAAGAACGUUUUGAUUCGUCAUUAUUAGAAGAGUUCAAGAACAACAAGACAAGUUUUGAACUUUCAGAGAUUUCUGGCCAUGUAGUUGAAUUCAGUGCUGAUCAGUAUGGCAGUCGUUUUAUUCAGCAGAAACUAGAAACUGCAACUGUGGAAGAAAAAAACAAGAUAUUUCCAGAGAUCAUUCCUCAAGCUCGUACCUUGAUGACGGAUGUCUUUGGGAACUAUGUUAUUCAGAAAUUUUUUGAGCAUGGUACAGAGAGUCAAAGAAAGGAGUUAGCUAGCCAGCUUACUGGUCAUGUUUUGCCUCUAAGUCUUCAAAUGUAUGGUUGCAGAGUGAUUCAGAAGGCUUUGGAGGUGGUUGAUGUGGAUCAACAGACUCAGUUGGUGGCAGAGCUUGAUGGUUCAGUCAUGAAAUGUGUUCGUGAUCAGAAUGGUAAUCAUGUUAUCCAGAAGUGUAUUGAGUGUGUCCCUCAAGAUCGCAUUCAGUUUAUUAUCUUAGCUUUCUAUGGGCAAGUUGUGGCACUAUCCACCCACCCGUACGGCUGCCGGGUUAUUCAGAGGGUUCUCGAGCACUGUGAUGAUGCCAAUACGCAACAUAUCAUCAUGGAAGAAAUCCUGCAAUCUGUUUGUACACUAGCACAAGACCAAUAUGGAAAUUAUGUGGUUCAGCAUGUGUUGCAACAUGGGAAACCACAUGAACGAUCUGCUAUAAUCAGCAAGCUUGCUGGACAGAUAGUAAAGAUGAGUCAACAGAAGUUUGCUUCUAAUGUUGUAGAGAAGUGCUUGACUUUUGGUGGUCCCAAAGAACGUCAACUUUUGGUAAAUGAGAUGCUUGGUGCCACAGAGGAGAAUGAGCCCUUGCAGGCCAUGAUGAAAGAUCCAUUCGCAAAUUAUGUUGUACAGAAGGUUCUAGAAACGUGUGAUGAUCAGAGUCGUGAGUUGAUCCUGUCACGCAUCAAGGUCCAUUUGAAUGCGCUUAAGAGAUACACUUAUGGCAAACACAUCGUUGCACGUGUUGAAAAGCUCAUCACAGCUGGAGAAAGGCGCAUUGGGAUUUCAUCUUCAUAUUCUUCUUGAGGAGUCCCUUGGCAGGCAGUAAAAGGGCAGGCAUCCUUGUACAGCUAACAAGGCAAGUUGUCUUAGCUUAUCAUCCGAGUCUUUAUUUUCUUCCGAAAAUGUGUCGGAAACCGGAGAUAUUAGAGUUUAGUGGUAGGGUAUGAAUGAGCUUAUAAUGGUUGUAAAUAAAGGGAAAAUAUAUAGGCUCACUGUAAUAAGAUUUUGAUUCCCUCCCCAACCCUCCCAACUUGUAUAUUCGGCACAUUAUUGUAAUUUGAUUAUGAUGAAGAGAGCAUCUAUGAGGAGGUCAUAUUUAGGUUGUUUAGGCAAUUGAGGUUAGAGACAGUGAUCCUUGCGAGACAAAUUUACAAUGUUUCACAAGAAUCUGUAAAGAAAUUUCUUUUGAGUAUAAUUGUUAUUGGAACUGUAAAGAAAGGAACAGUAUAUCUAUGAGGAGGGUCAAGCCGUGAGGCCCUAGGCUUGUGACUGGAGAUUUUAUCAAUAAAUAUCCUCAGCUCUACCUGGAAA